AGUAAAACUGCCUUGCCCGCUCCUCUUGGGCAGUGUUUGGCCUCCUUCUUUCUUCUCUGUGCUGCUGGAUGAUGGAUUCAUCGCGUUGAGGGACGAGCUGGCCUUGAAGUGCCACUAGCGACGACGACGCCACCAUCAGUAUGACCGCGAUGCUGGAGCUGCUUGUGACGCGCUAUGUCGAGUUACCGAAAAGAGGACAUCCCGAGCAAUAUGCCUUCAACCCCUUCAUCUACGACCCUAACGUACCUUGCGCGAUAGUUGGCGCUGUCGUCAUCCUAUCGCUCUCAGCAGUUCUUGUCUACCAAUAUGUCCGCUACCGAUCGUGGUUCUUCUGGACCGCCCUCAUCGGUAUACUUAUGGAGGUAAUCGGCUACAUCUGCCGCCUGGUAUCAGCAACCGACACCGAACGCAAUGGCCCUUUCCUCAUCGCCUUCCUCAUGAUCCUCCUCGCCCCAAGCUUCCUGGCAGCAGCCUGCUAUAUGGCAUUCAGCCGCAUCGUAUGGUUCUCCUGCCCCACGCACGCCCUGCGCUUCAAGACUCUCUGGUGUUUCCCCCGCUACAUCACGCCCACAUUCGUCAUCUUCGACCUCUUCAGCUUCGUCAUCCAGCUCGCGGGCGCGAGCACCAUCAGCCGCGCCUACGACCACGACGCAUCUCCAUCGCGCAGCAUCGAAUCCGCCGAGAAACGUGUGGUGGCUGGCCGCGUCAUCCUCGUGCUCGGCCUCAUCCUGCAGCUCAGCUGCUACAUGGCCUUCGCCAUCAUCGCCAUGCGCUACUUCGUCAUCAGCUUGCACUGGCGCCACGAGGACCUCGGCGACUUCCACAUGUUCCGCCGGCUCUCCUACUUCAUCAACAUGGCCGCGGGGCUAAUCACGCUGCGCGCCAUCUACCGCACGCUCGAGAUCCCGCAGGACAAGACGACGGGAUUGCAGUACCUACAGCAGCACGAGUGGUGCUUUUGGUGCUUCGAUGCGGUGCCUGUGGCGCUGGUGCUGCUCGUUAUGGCAGUGUGGCAUCCCGGGCGAUAUCUGCCCCGGAGCUACACCGGGUGGGUGCUGGAUAAGACGAGGGCGGUGCGGGAGAAGGAGGCACUACGCCCGGGGAGUCCGACGGAGGAGGCGGAGAUGAAGAACUUUACGCCCAAGGACUUUCAGCCGAGGGAGAGCGUGACGAUCCAGGUCUGAGAGAUGCGUUGGGUUGAGUGACGGGAAAGGAUG